AUGCCGUGGUCCUCAAAGGAGGACACGCAGGAGUCCCAAGGCGAUGAUCAGUCUCUGCGGACCGUCCUGGACGCGCAUCAAUGCAGUGACCUCACACUGCUGAUUGCAAGCGUUACUGAGACAAUGCGCAAGCGGAUCUCUCAUACAUUUACCGUACAAGAUGAGCCCCAUAACACCGACACAGACUCUUCCAACAACCCCGACGAUGCGGCCGACCAACUACGCAAACGACAGGAGCAGCAAGAGCAGCAGGCACGAGAACUAGCAAAACCAGAGGUGCAAGAGUUAAAAAUUGCAGCAUUAGAAGCAUUCGACGAAUGGCGGGACAGUGUACUACGACGAGUCGGCGAGGUAGUCAAUUCUCCUCAACAAGCACAGCAGCAAAAGCACGAGGCCAAGCCAGGACACGUCGAUGAGAGUACUGGCCAAACAAAAGAAGUCCGAGAAAACGCUCCCACUGAGACCGUAUCUGCUGCGUUAUUAGAACUAUUCCCUCCAAUUUCCACUCCGCUGGCCAAUCUGCCCGAAGAAACGCGCAUCCUCAUCUUACACUCGAUGCUUCUUCUCUUGCUCAGUCUCGAGCAGUAUACUGCAGAUUCACGCAUUCUUCUGCUCUACCUGACUAGCAGUCUCAGACUACCCAUCAAUAUCCUUGCCGAGGAUGAGACAAAGGUCGCCCAAGGCCUGCUGAAAGCAGCCAAGGAGAUGAGCGGCGACGAAGAAACUGCCAAAAAGGCAGAAGAAAACAAAAUCUCGCGCAAAUGGAAAGUCGGACUCGCAUCUGUAGCCGGCGCCGCACUCAUCGGCGUCACUGGCGGCCUGGCCGCUCCUCUUGUCGCCGCCGGAAUCGGCAGCGUCAUGGGCGGACUUGGGCUCGGCGCGACCGCCGCCGCAGGAUACCUGGGAACCUUGGCUGGAAGCAGCGUCGUCGUGGGGAGCCUGUUUGGCGCAUAUGGCGGGCGCAUGACGGGGCAAAUGAUGGAUAAUUACGCAAAAGAAGUAUCGGACUUUGCCUUUGUUCCUAACCCCGCCGCCUCUGCUUCCGAAGACCACAGACUACGCAUCACCAUCGGGAUCAGCGGCUGGCUUACGUCGCAAGACGAAAUAACUCGGCCCUGGCGCGUGCUAGGGCACGGGUCCGAAAUCUUCGCUCUGCGAUGGGAACUCGAAGCGCUCCUCUCACUGGGCAACGCACUCACGGCCAUGGUCAAGAGCGCGGCAUGGGGCUACGCCAAGAGCGAAAUCAUCAAACGCACCAUCUUCGCCAGUCUGACCGCCGCGCUGUGGCCACUGGGACUGCUCAAAAUCUCCCGCGUGGUGGAUAACCCGUUCAGCAUCGCGCGCACGCGGGGCGACAAGGCCGGCGAAGUCCUCGCCGACGCCCUCAUCAACCGCGCCCAGGGCCAGCGGCCCGUCACGCUGAUCGGCUACUCUCUCGGCGCGCGGGUCAUUUACUCCUGUCUCCAGCACCUCGCGGCCCGCCGGGCCUUUGGGCUUGUCGAGUCUGUCGUCCUCAUGGGCGCCCCGACCCCCUCGGACUCCUCGGACUGGCGCAACGUGCGCGCCGUCGUGGCAGGCCGCGUGGUCAAUGUCUACUCGGAACGAGACUACAUCUUGGCCUUUUUGUACCGCACGAGCUCAGUUCAGUAUGGCAUUGCAGGCUUACAGGCCAUAGCCGGAGUCCCCGGCGUGGAAAAUGUCAAUGUGAGCGAGCUCGUCAGUGGACAUUUGAAGUAUCGCUACCUCGUGGGGAAGAUUCUCGAGAAGAUUGGCUUUGAGGAUGUCAUUGGCGAGAAUGUCGCGCGCCAGGAACGCGAGUUGCAGGUCGUCGAGAAGCAGUUUGAGCGGGAGAAGGAGUCGCAGCAGGCGGAGGCGGAGGCAGGGGCAGGAGGGGAGGGUGAGGAGGACGCGGACAAGGAAGCGGAGAGGUUGCAAAAGGAGGUCGACGAAAAGAUGCGUAUUACAGAGUAA